GUAUUUUAUUUUUAUUUUUGGAGGGUUCUUUAUAAAGCAGGCAUCACCAACACCGCUUUCUCAUCUUCAUCUUCUUCUUCCUCAUUUUCUGUAAUUUAUUGCUGUUGCAGAUUAGGGUUUUCUUCAAUACCUCAGGCAGCCAUGAGUAAAGGAAGGAUCUUGCACAUAGUUUUCGGAGUUUUUGGCAAUGCUACUGGUCUGUUCCUCUUCCUCUCUCCAGCGGUGACAUUCAAGAGAAUCCUCAGCAAAAAAUCGACUGAGCAAUUCUCAGGGAUACCCUACGUGAUGACUUUGCUCAACUGCCUCCUCUCCACCUGGUAUGGUCUGCCAUUCAUAUCGCCAAACAACUACCUGGUUUCGAUUAUCAAUGGAAUAGGGUCUGGGAUCGAAGCAGUUUAUGUAAUGAUAUUUCUGAUUUACGCCCCGAAGAAGGAGAAGGCGAAGAUCUUCGCCCUUCUGGUUCUGAUCCUCACCAUAUUCAGCGCCAUAGCUUUGAUCUCAAUGCUCGUCUUCCAUGGCAGCCCUAAGAAGAAGCAGUCCAUUUGUGGCUACGCCGCCAUGAUCUUCUCCAUUUUGAUGUACGCCUCUCCUCUCUCCAUCAUGAGAAUGGUGAUAAAGACGAAGAGUGUGGAGUACAUGCCAUUUCUGCUGUCACUGUUCGUGUUCCUCUGUGGAACUUCUUGGUUCAUCUAUGGCCUCAUUGGCAUGGACAAGUUCCUCUACAUCAACAAUGGAUUCGGGUGUUUUCUGGGGAUGAUGCAGCUCAUUCUCUACGCAAUUUACUGCAAGAAAGAUGGCGAUGAUUUUAAGAAAAAAGGUGUGGAGGUAGAAGACGACGACGUUAAUGGCGAUGGAGAUGGGUCUGCAACCGCCAUGGAAAUGGGCACUGCAACUAAGCCCAUUCACAGUAACAUAAAGUAG